AUGACGCGGUGCAUGCCCGCCCUCGCCACGCCCCUCGUGGCCGCCUCCCUGCUGCUGCUGGCCCUCGCCGGCGUCGCCUCCGCCGACAAGGGCCCCGGCUUCGUCGUCACCGGCCGCGUCUACUGCGACCCCUGCCGCGCCGGCUUCGAGACCAACGUCUCCCACAACGUCGAAGGGGCGACGGUGGCGGUGGACUGCCGGCCGUUCAACGGCGGCGAGAGCAAGCUGAAGGCGGAGGCGACGACGGACAAGAACGGCUGGUACAAGAUAGAGAUCGACCAGGACCACCAGGAGGAGAUCUGCGAGGUGGUGCUGGCCAAGAGCCCCGACAAGUCGUGCUCCGAGAUCGAGGAGUUCCGCGACCGCGCCCGCGUCCCGCUCACCAGCAACAACGGCAUCAAGCAGCAGGGCAUCCGCUACGCCAACCCGAUCGCAUUCUUCCGCAAGGAGCCGCUCAAGGACUGCGGCGGCAUCCUCCAGGCAUACGACCUCAGGGACGCCCCAGAGACGCCAUGA